AUGGGCAAGGCGGGCCGGUGGCUCAGGAACUUGUUCCUGUCCGGCAGGAAGGGGAGGAAGGCCAAGGACAGGGCUGCUGACGCCGACUGCCAGUCGGUGCUGUCGGCGCCGCUGCCCUCGCAAGCGGCGACAGCGACACCGUCAGGGAGGGAGAAGAGGCGGUGGAGCUUCCGCCGGACGGGCGCAGGGGCGGGCGCGGGCGCGUCCGGUGGCGCACAGGGACAGGGCCUGCUCGCGUCCUCGUCGUCGCACUGCUUCUCCGAGGCCGAGGUGCAUGUCGUCGUCGUGGCGCAGGAGCAGGACCAGCAGCAGCAGGUCGCAGCCGCAGCCGCCGUCGUCCCUGAGGCCGCGUCGUCCACCGCGGGUGCGGUCGUCACGCUUCCGGCAUCGGGGAGGAGGAGCGCCGGUCGUGACGCGGAGGCCGCGGCAGCGGUCAGGAUCCAGGCCGCCUUCCGAUCGUACCUGGCGAGGAAGGCGCUGUGCGCGCUGCGGGGGACGGUGAGGCUGCAGGCGAUGGUGAGGGGCCAGCUGGUGCGGCGCCAGGCCAACCUGACGCUCCGUCGCAUGCAGGCGCUCGUCCACGCCCAGCGCCGCGCGCGCGCCGAGCGGCUGCUCCUCCUCGAGGUCGAGGACGUCGCCUCCUCCAGGCAGCAGGCCGCCGCCGCCGCCACGCCGCGGCCCCCGCCGAGCCGGCGCUCGCCGCAGCACCCGCGGUCCCGGAAGCCACAGGAGGCGGCGGAGAGGGGUUCGGAGGAGAACGACGUCCGGAUCGUGGAGGUGGACGACGACGCGCCGAGGGCGGCCCCGCGGCGGAACAGCAGCUACUGCCACUACUCGACGUCGACGACGACGCCGAGCCGCACGCCGGCGAAGGCCGAGCUGCUGUGCCAGAAGGUCUCGCCGACGCCGUCGGCGCUGACGGACGUGAGCGCACGGACGCUCAGCGGCCGUUUCGACGACGCGUCCUUCACCUCCGCGUUGGAGCCGGUGCCGACGCCGGUGCCGAGCCGGCGCAGGGCGUGGCGCGCGGACCUGCCGUCAUUUCCGAGCUACAUGGCUAACACGGAGUCGUCGCGCGCCAAGGCGCGGUCGCAGAGCGCGCCGAGGCAGCGCCUCUCGUCGGCGUCCGAGACGGCGGCGCUGGCGGCCGCGGCCUCGCCGUCGCCGUCGUGCUGGGAGCGCCCGCCGUGCCGGGGCGGGGGUGGGGGCGGGGACGGGAGCAGCGCGCGGCGCAGGGCGUCGCUUGACCCGCUGGACCUGCCCGGCGGUGGCGCGCCGUCCCGGUGCAUGGAGCGGUGCGCGUCGCGGGCGCGCGCGAGCACGAUGUCGUCGGUCCCCGGCAGCGAGUGCGGGUCCUCGAGCACCGUCGGGCACCGUGGCAGCGCGCGCACGGGCCGUGGCCAUGGCAUGGGCGACUACUGA